UCAGGCCCAUAGUGAGGCCCAGAACUCUGUGUUUCCGGUCGAAUUGGCGGGAGUAGAGUAUCAGCGUACUCCCCUACCCAUUGCAGUACUUUAGUGGCUUUGAACGUUGUGACCUUACGCUUCUCUUCCUCCUCUCGCCACCAUGCACUCUAUUUCCUCCGUUCUCAAGAAAUACUUUGGGUUUUCGGAUUUUCGGCCUUAUCAGAGGGAAGUUAUUGAGAAAAUUAUUGAGAAAAGGGAUUGUUUGGUGGUCAUGGCUACUGGUAGUGGGAAGUCCUUGUGCUAUCAGGUACCUCCCUUGGUUGUUAAUAAGACUGGGAUAGUUGUGAGCCCUCUGAUAUCGUUGAUGCAAGACCAGGUGAUGGCUUUGAAACAACGGGGCAUCAGAGCUGAAUAUCUUGGAAGCGCUCAGAAGGAUUCCACUGUGCACUCUAAAGCUGAACGUGGUCAGUUUGACAUUCUGUUCAUGACUCCUGAGAAGGCAUGCUCAGUUUCUACUAGUUUCUGGUCCAACUUACUAAAGGCUGGAAUUAGUCUUUUUGCUGUUGACGAAGCCCAUUGUAUAUCGGAAUGGGGACAUGAUUUUAGGGUGGAGUACAAGCAUCUAGACAAGUUACGUGGGGUUUUGCUAGAUGUUCCUUUUGUUGGUCUAACUGCAACUGCUACUGAAAAGGUUCGAUUUGACAUCACCAGUUCUCUUAAGAUGAAGAAUCCUUAUAUUAUGGUUGGUUCAUUUGACCGCCCAAAUCUUUUCUAUGGUGUCAAACUACUUAACCGUGGACAAUCUUUUAUUGAUGAGCUUGUGCAAGAAAUUUCAAAAGAAGUUGCUAGUGGUGGUUCAACUAUAAUUUACUGCACAACAAUCAAAGAUGUGGAGCAGAUAUUCAGGUCAUUUUCCGAAGCAGGCAUUGAAGCAGGAAUGUACCAUGGCCAAAUGAAUGGAAAAGCUCGAGAGGAGUCUCAUAGAUUAUUUGUUAGAGAUGAACUGCAAAUCAUGGUGGCUACCGUUGCCUUUGGCAUGGGCAUAGAUAAACCUAACAUAAGACAAGUGAUUCACUAUGGUUGCCCUAAGAGUCUAGAGUCCUACUACCAGGAAAGUGGACGAUGUGGUAGAGAUGGUAUAGCUUCUGUUUGUUGGCUCUAUUACACAAGAAGUGACUUUGCAAAGGGAGACUUUUAUUGUGGAGAUUUAAAAUCAGAAAACCAAAGAAAAGCUGUUAUGGAGUCAUUGCUGGCUGCCGAACGCUAUUGUGUGCAGACAACUUGCAGAAGAAAGUUCUUGCUUGAAUACUUUGGGGAAAAAGUUUCAGCUGACAGAUGCGGGAACUGCGAUAAUUGCAAAGUCACAAAGAAAGAGCGUGACAUGUCAAAAGAAGCGUUUCUUCUAAUGGCUUGCAUUCAUUCAUGCAGGGGCCAUUGGGGCCUUAAUAUGCCCAUUGAUGUUUUGCGAGGGUCACGAGCCAAGAAAAUUCUUCAAGUUCAGUUUGACAAGCUUCCACUUCAUGGACUGGGGAAAAAUUAUCCAGCAAAUUGGUGGAAAGCACUUGGACAUCAAUUGAUUUUUCAAGGUUAUUUGAAGGAGAUUGUUAGUGACACGUACAGAACUAUAAGUGUUAGCUCAAAAGGAGAGCAAUUUUUGGCCUCUUCUAGACCAGAUUAUCAACCUCCCUUGGUUUUGACAUUGACUUCUGAAAUGCUUGGAGAAGAAGAUAAUGGAAACACACAAGAAGAAUUCAAAACUUUAUCCACUUCUGAAUCAGAGAGAUUUUCAGAGGCUGAGGGACAGCUCUACCAAAUGCUUUUGGAAGAAAGAUUGAAGCUUGCAAGAAGUGUUGGAACAGCUCCAUAUGCUCUAUGUGGUGAUCAAACAAUCAGGAAAAUUGCUUUGGCAAGACCGUCCACUAAAGCCAGAUUAGCAAACAUUGAUGGUGUGAAUCAGCACCUAGUAACGAGAUAUGGAGAUCAUUUUCUUCAAGUUAUUCAGAAACUGUCACAAGGAUUAAACCUAUCAUUGGAUGGGAAAGCAACUUCGCAAACUAUUGAAGGAAGGAAAGUAUCUCCAAUAACCAAAAAAACCAAGUUGACAUCAGUAAAGUUGAUAUCAACAGAGUUGACAUCGACAAAGUUGACAUCAUCAAGAUUGACACCAGCAAAGUUAGAAGCAUGGAAAAUGUGGCAUGAAGAUGGUCGUUCUAUUCAGGAGAUUGCUAACUCUCCAGGUAGAUCAGCUCCUAUAAAAGAACAAACUGUUGCUGAUUAUCUGCUGGAAGCUGCUCAAGAAGGAUUAGCUUUUGAUUGGGUUAGAUUCAGCGAGAUGAUAGGACUGACAGUAGAGAUCAUAUCAGAAAUUCAAAGUGCUAUUUCAAAAGUUGGAUCUACAGAUAAGCUGAAGCCUAUAAAAAAUGAAUUGCCAGAAGAAAUAACUUAUCAGCACAUCAAGACUUAUUUGUCAAUGCGAAACUGUGGAAUAACCCUCGAAGCAGUUCAAUCUGAAAAUCAGCAGACUGGGGAAGAUGAUGAACCUGCACAUAAUGCUUCAAAUUUGUCAGAUCCUACUUUAAAUACGUGCCACGUGGAAAGCCAUUGUGAAGACAACAUUUCUGCCAAAAGUUCAACAGAAAAAGGCGACUUAGAAAUCAAUGAGGUACCUACUCUAUCUGUCAAUGGUUCUGAGGUACAGAAGCUUCCAUUAGCCAAUGAGAGGGAAUUCCCAAACAAACGACAAAAAGUCGGUGAAACAAAGGAAGCGAAUUCAACUAAAUUAAAGGCUACAGAGAGUUCUGUUGUAGAGUGGUUGAAGAACCUUAAUGAAGGGGCUACAUUGAGCGAUGUUUUGGAGCACUUUAAUGGAUCCAGUGAAGAUUCCGUGAUUGAACUGCUAAAUUGCCUUGAGUGUGACUUUUCAAUAUAUAGGAAAGGCAACAUGUAUAGGGUUAUGUAAAAAUGUUGAUGCAUGCUUGUAAAAAACAAUUUAUUUCAAUGGUCUAUUGCAUUUUUACUAAAAUGUUAGCUGCAAAUGGGGAAUGAACAAGUUAUUGCAUGAUCCAAAUCUGGAAGGAAAAUUAAUUUCUUUUGGGGGAAUAGCCAGUGUCUUGAAUCAUCUUAAUGUUAGGGAUUAUUUUUCAGUAUUUAUUUGAGGGGAUAUUUAUAUCAAAAGGAGGAUUAUAAUUGUUAUUUUUAAUGUUAUUUUACACACAAUUCCACAAUAGUAAAAUAUUAUUCGCUUUAAA